CCCGACGCGUGCUUGAGCUGGGCCGUGUCGCCGCCAACGCGUGAAGUGGCAACGUGGCUCGAAGAGGCUUAACCUCGGAAACCCCAAGAUUGCAUCUCAAUGCUGUGGGGAACACUCCCGGUCUUUGUCCCAGUCAGCAGCGGAAGCAUUCUCGAAGCGUAGAUAUGAUACCUGCGGAGUCCUGCACACAAACGCAGACGGCGUUGAUGGGUUCGGUUUGCUUGCACCCUGCUUUGGGGGAUGACGGGAAGAGAUCGGGCUUGGCGACCAGGAUCUGCAGCAAAAGCGAGACGGAAAGUGUAUUGGCGGGUGUUGCGCAUGAAGGAAACGGUUCCAUCUGGACCUUGCAAUCAAAUGGUGGUUUAUGCUCCCGCCAAAUGAAGAAAUUGAUGUCAUCUCGGUCUUCUAGAAGGCUGCGAGAUCAUCGAGUCUUGCAUUCAGCUAGGGCUGACAGGCCUUGCUGAUCCGGGCCGAGCCUCAACGUUGAUGUGGAUGUCCACAAAGUCACCUCCACUCCACAGGACAACGGAGCUACCCUGUUCUUGGUUUUCGGUCCG